GGAGCAUUUUCCUCGCUUGGACCGGUUGGUCAAUUCCAUGCAUGGUCGAGUACCGCACAGGUUCCAGCAAAGGUUGGACGUCCUGAAGGGUUUAGGGAGCUUGGGGUGAGAUGUCAAGGCAGCCCCUUUUGCGGCCACACUCCGACUGUGUGGUUGCGAUCACCACAACAAUCACCAUCCCAACGAGGUACCUGAUAUCGCAUUCAUUGCCCUCCUUUGAACACCUCAAAUUCCGCCAACAUGUCUGCCGGAAAGAUUCUCGUGGUCUUCACAAGCCACACCAAGCUGAUCGGCAAUGACCACCCCACUGGUUACUAUCUUCCAGAGAUCGCGCACCCUUACUGGAAGCUCAAAGCAGCAGGCUACGAUCUGGUGGCAGCUUCGCCCAAGGGUGGAGAGGCUCCGCUCGAUCAAGCAUCCGUGGAAGCGUUCAAGAAUGAUGACGAGAGCGUCAAGUUCCUCAACGAUACCGAAGCUCAACAGUGGGUCAAGAACACAAGAAAGCUGAGCGAGAUUGGCGAUGGAUCGGAGUACAAGGCUCUCUUCUAUCCUGGCGGCCAUGGUCCUGUUUUCGACUUGCCCAUCGACGCCGAUAGUCAGCGCCUCAUCCAGGCUUUCUACGAGUCUGGUCGUCCAACCUCUGCGGUUUGCCACGCCCCUGCCGUUUUCGCAGACGUCAAGCUAAAAUCUGGCGCCUACUUGGUCAAGGGCAAGCGCCUGACGAGCUUCACUAACGAGGAGGAGGAGCAAGCCAAGCUCACCGACGCAAUUCCAUGGCUCGUCGAGACUCGUCUCGGCGAGCGCGGUGCUACUUUCGAAAAGGCGGACAAGCCCUGGGGCGAGAAGGUCGUCGUGGAUGGCAACUUGUUGACGGGUCAAAAUCCAGCCUCGGCCGGCGCACUGGCUGAUGCGAUCCUUGCGCAGCUCAAGUAAAUGGAAUGAUGCAUCCCCUUCCGCAAUGUCAUUGACAGGAGCGUAAAUGGCGACGUUGCGUGAAGCCUGAAUCUCUCAUUUCUACGCACUUCACUCGCCAUCCUUCAUCAUCAUCAGGCGAAUCACUAGGCUGCAAUGGCGUCAUUCCCCAGACGUUUCGAUUGCUUACAUGUUGAACACUCACCUAUUUGCAUUCUCGCAAC